AAAGUGGGAAUCGGGAAUGCUUCGCUCGCGGGCUUUCAGUGAGAAAGAAGUAGUUAGAAAUAGUUAUUGUCAUUAUUAUUCACCUUAGACAAAAGUGGACCCACCCUCCAGAAAAAAGAUUAAGGCUGAGAUUUUGAAAGUGAAAAAAUAAAAUAUUUAUUUUGAAAUCUGGAAAGUGAAUGGCGUCUCCAUGGACUGUUUUACUCUAGUGAAAGAAGGGUUGAAAAAACAUAUAUAAGGUUUAGAAAAAGAAAGAAAAAAAAAAGAAACUCAAAAUUGCUUUUUAAUGAUCAUGGCGCUGCUUAGGACUUUAUACGUUUUGGGAUGGAUAACUUUGGCGGCAGCCGUCACGGAGGAUUCUGAAGAGGUCACACAGCUCACCAUUCUGGUGAACGAGACGGUCACACUCCCGUGCUCCAUUUCGACGCAGUCAGUCGACGACGUGGCUGUCAUCAUCCUGUGGUACAAAGGGGCGUCGCCAGCGCCGUUCUACAGCUACGACCUGCGACAGCCAGAGUCUGGGAGGCACUGGAGCGAUGAGACAGUGUUAGGUCAAAGGGCGUUCUUCGACCCGACGCUGAAUCCCCCCAGCCUCAAGGUCACCCCCGUCAGGUCGCUCGACCAGGACACGUACCGCUGCAGGGUCGAUUACGAGCGGGGCCCGUCGAAGACGUCGACGGUGCUUCUGGUGGUUAUCGUUCCUCCUUCGCAUCCUGUCAUCACUGACGAGAGUGGGAACCUGGUGAAGGACACGGCUGGUCCUUACCUGGAGGGCGGACGGGUCGUCCUUACGUGCAAGACUAUCGGAGGUCGUCCAUCCCCAACGUUAGUGUGGCUGCGCAACGGGGCGAUCGUGGGGGACUCCUACACCGUGGACCACCGGGGCCAAGUCAGGAACCUGCUCCACCUGGACAACCUGUCCAGGAAGUUGCUGGACACGUCCUACACCUGUCGUGCUAGCAACAGCAACAUCACGCAGGCGCUGGACGCCACCGUCGCCAUCAACUUGACGCUGGCUCCGCUGACGAUAGCCCUCGUGAAGCUGACGCCUCCUGAGGAAUACGUCUCCGCGGGAACCAUAGAGGAGUUGGAGUGUUCCUCGUCGGGCUCGAGGCCUGACGCAGCCAUAUCCUGGUGGAGGGACAACAGGAGGAUCACCAAUCCCAAGGCCGAGGUCAGGAUGCUGAACAGGACGGUGUCCAUCCUACGCAUCGUCCCGAAACCAGAGGACCACGGUGUCGUAUUCACCUGCCGAGUGGAGAACCCCAUCCUGCCUUCGUCGACGCUGGAGGAGUCUUACAAACUGAAUGUGCACUACGUUCCCAAAGUCGAACUCCUGAUGGGAUUGGCUCUCAGUCCGAACUCGGUGAAGGAGGGCACUGAUAUUUUCUUCGAGUGUCGCGUAGUGGCCAAUCCCAAGCAUUACAAGAUCACUUGGGUACACGAGGGAACCAUCAUAGAGCACAACGUCACGGGCGGGGUCAUCAUGAGCAACAUGUCCCUGGUGUUACAGAGGGUCGGCAGGAACAUGGCCGGCCGCUACUACUGCAGAGCUACCAACCUCCACGGCGAGGGCGUCUCAAAUCCCAUCCCAGUCACCGUAAUGUACGCCCCCGUGUGUUCGCCUGGCCAGAAGACGGAGUACCAGGUGGCACACCACGACACAGCCAACAUCACCUGCAAAGUGAAUGCCGUGCCGGACAACGUCACCUUCACUUGGCGCUUCAACUCCUCCGGGUCCCUGCUGGAGUUGGCCGAAGGACGCGCCGCCUCCUGGGGCACCACCAGCGUCCUGCCCUACACCCCUGCCUCCCCGGGGGACUACGGCCUCCUGCUGUGCGCGGCGACGAACGCCCAAGGGGCCCAGCAUAAUCCCUGCGUCUAUAACAUCACGGCUUCAAAACCUCCCGAUCUCCUGGAGGACUGCAUCAUCAAGAACCAGACGACAGACACCCUCUUCGUCUCCUGCAAGGGCAUCCCUACGGUCCUGCCCAGGACCUUCAGCAUGGAGGUCAGGAAUUCCGAGGACCUCCACUUGGUCACGAAGGUCACCAACACAACGCCCCAUUUCAUAGCCACGGGACUGGACCCGGGCACGGCCUACACCCUGCACGUGGGCGUGCACAGUCCCAUGGGCGCCUCCACGCCCGUGAAACUGCAGGCGUUCACUGUGAAGACGGCAGAGAAGAGAAUGGGUAUGAUUCAGCCCUCGGAGGAGAUCAUGGGCGUGUUCCCACUGGUGGCCGUCGUGGUGGGAGCAGCAGUGACGAUUGUGAUCACCCUAAUCACCAUUGUAGCUCUGGCCAUCAAGCACUGCCCCAGGGAACGCAGCACCAGCCACGAGGCUCCGCCCCGCGGGCACCACCAGUACGCCCCAGGGUCCUCCUUGGUGUCCGACGGCUCGCCGAAAGAAACCGUCUCCACCUUCAGCAGGCCCUCGCCUGCCUCGGAGGACAGGAAUCCUGAUAUCAUCCCCCAGAAGGAAGAAUGCGACUACCAACUCGAGGAGCUCCGGGUCCCCAGCAGCUGUCAAGUCAACGCCUGCCACGGCGCCACGGCCAUCCAGGUACCCCUGAGCGGUGCUCCCCCCCACUACGUCUCUUCCGGGGGGGGAGGAGGAGGAGGAGGAGCCAUCAUCAACACCUACCCACACCAGAAGUGGGACGCCUAUUACCAACAGCAACACAUCCUUCAGUACCAUCCUCAUCAUCACCACCAGCCCCCGCCGUUUCACCAUCAACACCAUCUCCAGCAUCAUCUCCAACACCCCUCGGUCUCCACCACUAGUACCUCGUCGUCGCAAGGCGUGGUUAGGUCUACGCACGAAUCCUGCCAGAUAGCCACCGGUCACGGUGGAGAGCCAGCACACCACUCACAAGCACUCCACCAGCAAACGCCGCCCCCACAGGUAGUGUUGAUGCCCGACGCCCACGCAGCGUACUUGCCCCCUUCCACGGCGGCUACCAUAACCUCCGCGGGCAUGGCGAUGUACGGGGGAAGCCCCUACGGAGGUCCUCCCGCCCCUAAUCCUCAGCAGGGGGCCUUCGUCAACAAGAGAGCAGGUGGUGGUAUAGUAGGCCUAGAGGCUUCGUCCUCGUCAGCUUCUUCGUCGCCUAUAAUCAACCUCCGAGGAGGAGGAGGAGCUGGAGGAGGCCCUUCGGUGGCAGCGCCGCCCGCAGGAGGGGGAGGAGGAGGAGGGGGGACUUGUCCAGCUACUUCAGCGGCCGCCCACGGACAGGAGGAUUACACCGGAGAUGGGCGGAGACACGAGAGCAGCGUAUAACGACCCGAGGGCGCCUCGUCUAAAGCUCUUUUUUGGGGGGCGGGCGGUUUAUAGACCUAGGUGAAUAGCUCUCUCUCUCUCUCUCUCUCUCUCUCUCUAAGAGAAUAUACUAUUGACACAUAACAUUUUGUAUAAUUAUUCGCUAAUGUAAAAAAAAAAUAAAAUCCAUGAAUUAUAAUUAUAUAUCGAUGUAUCUGAGGAUGUGUAUGUUUAUACAUA